GGGCAGGCGCUAGCUUUUGCAAGGAUGCGACGCGACGAGACGCGAUCGCGUGGCGUGGCAUGCUCGCCUCACCGAAAAGCCAUGGCACGCACAUGAUUCCUACGCCCACAAUGCCAGCGUCGUCGCCGUCACCGUCACCGUCACCGCAUCGGCAUGCCGACCGAGGAGCAGGGAGACGGAAUGAUCCGCAGCCUGCGCCAGGAAAAGGCGGCGAGGAUCAUGAACCGCAACGCUAUGAUGGCGGCGUCGAGAUCGGGAUCCAUGCAUGUGAGCACGAGACGUGACCAACUCCUCCGCCUGCUCCCUUUUACAGCUCACAAAGACGAAGCUUGGAGGAGGCUGGUCUGGUGACCUUGGUUGGGGCCAUGCGCUUUGCCUCCGCGAGUCCCACCCUCGAGUACUAGGACGGGGUAAAAUACUGGAUCCCGAGCUCGGAAAGAUGGCGUCGGUGCGAGUGGCGGCCAAUCAUGGCGCCGGCUCGCGCUGCCCUCCGCCCUGGAAGCUUUAUCACAACCCCCACUACUCCCCGCGCGGCAUCAUCCACCUCUCCUCCUCCCCGCGCCCACCUCGCCAAGCCGAGAAUCUCGAUUCGCCUAUGAUCGUCGUGCCCGAGGACGGCGGCGAAGAGGCGGCGGAGAUCGACCAGGGGUACGGUGCCAUGUCGUCCGAGCUGGAGCUCUGCGUGGCGCGCAUCAGGGGGCUGCGGGCGGAGCUGGAGUUGGAGCGGCGCAUGCGGCGGAAGGCGGAGGCGCUGAGCGAGGCGCUGGCCGCGGAGCUGGCCGAGGAGCGGCGGCGGGGCGAGGCCGCGGAGGCCGAGUGCCGGGCGCUGCGGGAGGAGGCCGGCGCCGCGCGCGAGGAGGCGGAGCGCGUGCUGGAGGGCGUCGAGGAGGAGCGGCGGAUGCUGCGCGUCGCGGAGCUCUGGCGCGAGGAGCGGGUCCAGAUGAAGCUCGCCGACGCGAGGGCGGCCAUGGAGGAGAAGCUGCGGGAGAUCGACGACGCCGUCGCCGAGCUCCACGCGACCACCGCCGCCGCCAGCGACAACCACAAGAGCAGCAGCUGCUGCGGCAGAAGCUGCAGCCCGAACGGCAAGGCAAGCCCGACGAGUCAACACGGUCAACAGAGCCCGAGCCGUAGCCAACACGGUCAGGAAAGCCCGAGCCGGGGUCAGCACGGUCAACUUCACCGGCGCGAGGCCGCCGGCGGCGAGAACCCGCACAUCCGGAGAGGGAUCAAGGGCUUCGUCGAGUUCCCCAAGGCUGUCCGCGUGCGGCCGCGCGAGGAUAGGGCGGAUCUGGUGUCCAACCUCGAGUGCCAGCGGGCGCAGCUGCGCGUGCUCAUGCGGCACCGGAGUCCCGCCGGCGGCAUGGGGCUCGUCGGCGCAUCAGAGAACCUGGUCGUUUAGUGUACAGGUGGUGGUGCCGCCUCGGUGUUUUGCUCUGUUUUUUUUCCCCUCAUGUUCUGGGCAUUCUCGCAUUUUGGUACAGAAUGCUUUGGCCUGUUAACGGUGAAAAUUAUGGUGCUAAUCAUGUAAUCUACUAAUAGUGUGUACAUCAUGGCAAGAAACAUGAUGGAUUCGUUCUUGAA